AUUUCUCUUUGUUUAGCUUGCAUCUUCAAUUUCUUUUAAACCUCCUCCCUUAGCCUGAAAUGUUAGUGAUCUUGUUCUUCAGCCUUUAAUACCUCAGGUGAGGAUAACCACAGCCUUCAAGUCAAUAUAAUAUUAGUGCUAAACUUCACUGUUGGCCAAUAUCAAAAGUAUCAAAGAGAUGUACUAUGUGCAACAGUACAAGUAUUUGUUUAUGACCCAUCAAAUAUUUUCACUUGCACAUGAUUGGUCUAAAAACAAUAGCUUCCAUUUGGCACCAAAAUGUGCUUGGAUGUUUGUACAUCAUCUGUUCCUCAAAGCUCACAGUUUUCCUUGAACUGCGCUCUUUGAGCUGUUCGCUUCUCAGAAUAUCUUAUGUCCACUGACAAAUAUAUGAGCAUAUUUUCGUACCACAUUUUCGAGGCUAUUGUUUAUAUAGUCUGUGAACAGGCUGCAGCUGGAAGGGCUGAGAAGAAACUGACUGAUGGGGUGGGAGUUGGGGUGUCGGAGGCUCUCCCCACCUCUCUUCUAUCCUUUUUUUGCCCACUUUCUCUUCACCCCAUCCUCGACUAGAGAGCACAGGCUAUUAUUCAUAGUGCUUUAGAUGCGUUGAAAGCUUAUAUGCAGUGAUGGCUAACAUGCCUUGAACACGCAUUGCAUGCCUAUAUAAAAGACAAUAAUUUGAAUGUAUAAAUUGUCCGAAUGAUGCAACUUGUUGAAGCAACAGAAUAAGAGAGCUUGAUGUACUGGUAACAAUACAGCUUGUUGGACAUAUUUGUUCCUUAUUGUGGUGCAACAAGAAUAUUUUAGCUUUGGCCGGGAAGAAUUCAGUUGCCGACAACCUGGAACGGGAUACCUUGGCCAGGAGAAACUGGGACCAAAAUUAAGAUGGCGGUUCGUGCGUUCAGUUGCAGUAAGAGGAUGAAACGAGAAUAUUUCAAUGUUUUUAACCAAUUAAGCGGACGACUGUUUACAACAAAGAUCUCAGAAAAAUGUGCUGGAGAUGUCAAAUGUUCUCAACUGCGAAAAAGAGGGCUGUUAAAAGUAAAGGGAAGGGAUACCGUCAAGUUUUUACAAGGACUGGUCACAAACGAUGUGGAGUCCUUCCACAAUGAGGAAAGAAAAACGUUGUAUGCUAUGUUCUUGAACGCUAGUGGGCGUACAUUAUACGAUGUCGUCUUCUACAAGCAUGAUAACAGCGGGGAUGUUCCGGCCUUUUUUCUGGAGUGUGAUUUGAACGCAAUACCUGACUUGACGAAGCAUUUGAAGAUGUUUAAACUUCGAGCUAAAGUGGACAUUUUUCACGCUGAAGAUUAUCAGCCCUGGGUGAUGUUCUCAACUUCAGGGGCAGUGGAUAUAAAGAAUGCUUCCAGCGGUUCUGAUAUUUGCGUGUUUGAGCAGGAUCCUAGGCUUGAGCAGCUAGGAUUUCGCAUGGUGUUGCCGAAGGGUUCAAGUCCGUGUGUUUGUUUCGAAGAUGUCUAUGAGACAGGGGAUACAUUCGAGUAUGAUGUGCAUAGAGCCAAGCUGGGAGUGUGCGAGGGUGUGGAUGAAAUACCGCCUGGCAAUGCGAUGCCACUGGAAUAUAACAUUGCCUAUCUUAAUGGAGUUUCAUUUCAUAAAGGUUGCUACCUUGGACAAGAAUUAAUAGCCAGAACACACCAUACUGGUGUCAUAAGAAAACGAACAGUACCAUUUAAGUUGAUGGACCAUAAAGCUGAUUCAAGUCACUUUGAAGCAGAUUCAAGGGUAAGGAAUUCAAAGGGAAAAGCUGCCGGCAAGGUUUGUACAAUUUAUGGUCAGUAUGGUGUGGGCCUGAUGAGGCUGGAGAUGUUAAAAAAAGAGGAGGGACUUUUUAUAAAGAAUAAGGAGGACAAGGACAUUGAGAUUGUAGCAUUAAUACCAUCUUGGUGGCCUGAAGAGGGUCAUGACUCUACAUGAAGAGCUGUGGUAGAUCUACAAUGCAGUGGGAGAGAGUCAUAUUGAGAAAUGUGUAAUAGAGGUAUCUAAAAGAUGUUUUUAACAUUUAAAACACUUAAUUGUCAAUAGAGCAGUGCUAUUUACCAAGUUAGUAGGAAACAGCUGAGAUGAGAAAUAGAUUAAGAGUGAACAGUUUUCCAAUAAGCAGACAUCAUUUCAAAAUUUACUGAUUUACAUGUACCUCAGUCCCUUUUAAAGUGUCUGCUUCUAGUGUGAAUCUAGACAGAUCAUGUUCUCUGUUCUUGCCUGAUCACAAGUUAGUGUGGAUCUGGCCCUCUGCAAAUUUCCCAGAUUACAUCUUAGAUCUAUCCCAGAAGACUUAAAACAUGUAGAAGACUCAGAAAUUUUGGGGUGUGUUGAAUUCAAGUACAAGAGUUCUUACAGGGUUAGCACCUAAGCACCUAAAGUUUCUCGGGCAGUUGGUACGGUUCAAUCAGUCAUUGAUUAAUCUGAAUCAUUUGCCCAGUUGUGGCACCUUUUAAUUUACAGUUUUACACAA